AUGGAGACAAGAUUUUGUUACCGUAAAAAUCACUUUUCCCGUACUGCUGAUGGAUUGAAGGUGACACCGAAAGAACAUGAAUACAUCUUCAAAACACAACUGAAGCCGAAGAAGACCGGGCUUAUGCUAGUCGGUAUUGGAGGUAACAACGGAUCCACAUCUGUGGGAGCGAUAUUUGCCAAUAAGAAGCAUAUGACAUGGAGAACCAAGGAAGGCAUCCAGACUGCCAACUACUUCGGGUCCGUCACGCAAUCAUCGACAAUUCACCUUGGAUGGGAUGGCCAACAACAAAUCCAUGUUCCUUUCAAUGAGAUUAUCCCGAUUCUUUCACCAAACGAUCUCAUCAUCGACGGCUGGGACAUUAACAACGCAAAUCUCUAUCAAGCCAUGAUCCGAGCCAAGGUAUUCGAACCCGAGUUACAAGAGAAACUUCGACCGUAUAUGGAGCCGAUUGUGCCAAUGCCAUCCAUCUACUAUCCAGAUUUUAUAGCCGCAAAUCAGGGAGACAGGGCUAACAAUACUAUCCCUGGCACCGACAAAAAGGAGCACCUGGAGCAUAUUCGACGCGAUAUCCGUAACUUUAAGGCCAAACACGAUCUAGAAUGUGUUAUCGUAUUGUGGACAGCAAACACUGAGCGAUAUACCGACGUUGUCGAUGGUCUGAAUAUGACAGCUGAACAGAUACUCGCAUCUGUAGACGCCAGUGCUGACGAGAUAUCGCCAUCAAACAUCUUCGCUAUAGCCGCCAUUUUGGAAGGAGCCCACUACAUCAAUGGAUCGCCACAGAACACGCUAGUACCCGGUAUAAUCGACCUGGCCCACAAGCACAAUGUCUUCGUUGGAGGUGAUGACUUCAAGUCUGGCCAGACAAAGAUCAAAUCGGCUCUUGUCGACUUUAUGGUCAAUAGCGGAUUGAAGCCGGAAUCGAUCGUCUCUUACAAUCAUCUCGGAAAUAAUGACGGCAAAAACCUUAGCGAAGCUAGACAGUUCAGAUCGAAGGAAAUUUCCAAGUCUUCUGUAGUUGACGAUAUGGUAGAAGCCAAUAAGAUUCUCUAUCCAACUGGGCAAAAGCCGGAUCAUUGUAUUGUUAUCAAAUACGUACCAUUUGUUGGGGACUCAAAGAGGGCUAUGGACGAGUACAUCUGCAGCAUCUUCAUGGGUGGACGUCAGACGUUCGUAAUUCACAACACCUGUGAAGAUUCACUUUUGGCCACUCCUCUUAUCUACGAUCUGGCAAUUCUGACUGAGCUGGCAACAAGAAUUCGAUACGCUGACGCCAACGACGGCGAAUUCCGACCAUUUCAUGAGGUGCUGUCCAUCCUCUCUCUGCUCCUGAAAGCUCCAGUAGUGCCUCCUGGCACGCCUGUGAGCAAUGCCUUUAUGAGACAGUUCGCCUCUCUCACUAAGCUGAUCACAACUCUCGCAGGAAUCGCCGCCGAUACUGACAUGCAGAUCGAGUUCUUCACAAAACUACCGAAGGCCAAUUAA